AUGAAAACAGGAAUUUAUCUACUCCUUUUAUGUGAAAUAUGUCUUGAAAUCAGCAAGGCUGACAUCAAACCUAAAACUCCAAAGAAGGAAAAAAAGCAUAAUUUCUUAGGAAGAAAUAAAAAUGACAAUAUUUCUGAAGAAUGGCAUCGGCAUAAAAAUUUCUCUAAACCUUUUGAAGAGCAAGAUCUUGAAGAGUUCACUCUUUACAACUUCACUGAAAAGACAGCAAAUUUUGGAUUCAAUCUCUACAGAAAAAUUGCAAUGACACAUGAUAACAAUGUCAUAAUUUCUCCCCUUUCUGUAUCAACUCUCAUGGCUACAUAUAUGCUGGCAGCCAAAGGGGAAACACACAGACAAAUAGUAAAAGGUCUGAACCUUCACUCUUUGAAGGACAGAGAUCGCUAUUAUUUACCAUCUUUGUUCAAACAACUGAAAGAUAACAUCACAAUGAAUGAAGAGCUUCUCUUUGAGCAAGGUAUUCUUUCCUUUAUCCAAAAGGACUUCAUAGUCAGGGAGGAUUUCCUCAAUUUAUCGAAGCGGUACUUUGAUAUGGAAUUCUUGCAUGUGGACUUUCAGAACAAUACACAGGCAAAAUCUGUUAUAAAUCAAAAUAUUAACCAAAGGACCAAAGGAAAAAUCCCAGAGAUUUUUGAAGAGCUCGACCACCAUAAUAAGCUGUUACUUGUGGACUACAUUUUGUUUAAAGGCAAAUGGCUCUAUCCAUUUAAUUCCAAAUUCACAGAAAUGGAAACUUUCCACAUAAACAAAUACAGAAGUGUACAGGUACCCAUGAUGUUCAAGUCAGAUAAAGUUAAUUCAACCUUUGAUGAGAAUUUAAGAUGCAAUGUGAUAAAACUCCCCUACAAAGGCAAAGCCUACAUGCUGGUUGUCAUCCCAGAAAAGGAGGGAGAUUACAUUUCACUUGAAGACCAUUUAACAACAGACCUUGUGGAAUCCUGGCUUGCAAAUAUGAAGAGCAGGAAAAUGGAUAUUUCAUUUCCAAAGUUCAAACUAGAACAAAAAUACAAAAUGAAGAAAUUGCUUUAUGCUCUUGGAAUUAAAAAUAUCUUUUCACGUACAGCAGAUCUUAGUCAUCUCACAGACCAAGAAUAUGUAACAGUUUCACAGGUUGUCCAAAAGGCUGUAAUUGAAGUGGAUGAAAAAGGAACUGAGGCCACAGCAGCUACGGGGUCAGAAAUAAUUGCAUUCUCAGCACCUCCUGUCAUUAAAGUAGACCGACCAUUUCUGUUCAUGAUUUUUGAAGAAACUUUUAAAACUUUACUUUUCAUUGGCAGGGUGGUUGAUCCAACUGAAAUGUGAAUAAAGGUAACAGUUUUUAUUGUGAUAUGUAAGAGGCUUUAUUUUUUAUUUUCUUUAAACUAUUAAUGUACAUUAGAAUAAAAAGAAGCACAGUUUGAAAAGGUGAAAGUCUGUUUUGCCUCUCCAGCUAGCAGUAGGUCAUCGUAUCAAUAUUUCUUUAAUCCCAAAGUGAUGAGUUUACUUCAAUAGGGCACAAAAUGACAAAAAUCGUUUUAUUGUAAAACCUACCAUGCAAAUUCAAAAAACUAAAUCACAGAACUGAACUUUCAAAAUUCAACAUUUUGGUGAUAGUUCUGAAUGAAAACCAGAGAUUCACACACCAGAGUACUCAGGAAGCUCACCCUCAAACACUACAGCUUGAUAGUCCUCAAUGCUAUUUUCUGUUGCAAAGAGACUUAAGAGCCUACUGACAUCAGUGUUAACAGACUUCUGCCACUUACAACAACAGAAGCAGGAUCAAGCCCUAAAAGAGAAUUUACAGCCUCUGC